AUGAAUUCAUCAUCAUGCCUUGAUUUCGUCAUGUUCAGUCGCGGACAACACGAUGAUGACAACGUGUCACGUCGUCCAUGGAAGAGGGAGAGAUCCACUCAUCUUAACUUGUCUCCGAACGAAGACGAAGAGCUCGCCAACUGUCUUGUGCUGUUGUCCAAUUCAGGGGAUGCUUAUAAUGAUAAUAACAAUGGACAUAACAAGCACGGACAUGGUAAGGGCAAAACCGUAAAAAAACAGAAAACCGCACAGGUGUUCCAAUGCAAAGCUUGCAAGAAGGUGUUUGCGUCGCAUCAGGCGUUGGGGGGACACAGGGCAAGCCACAAGAAAGUGAAGGGUUGUUUCGCGUCUCAAGAUAAAGAAGAGGAAGAAGAAGAGGAAUACAAAGAGGACGACGAUGAGGAGGAAGAGGAGGAGGACGAUGAGGAGGAAGCAGACAAAUCAACGGCUCACAUAGCAAGAAAGAGAUCCAACGCUCACGAAUGCACCAUCUGUCAUCGCGUAUUCUCAUCGGGACAAGCCUUGGGAGGCCACAAGAGAUGUCACUGGUUGACACCUUCCAAUUAUCUUCGGAUGACGCCAAUACAUGAUUCUGCCGGAAGAUCUCAGCCGCUAGAUCAACCAUCUCUAGAUCUCAACUUAGCUUGCCAAGAGUAUUCCGUUGAUCCAACGGUCAUGAGCGUAGGGAUGAUUGGGAGAGAUGGUGGUGGUAGUGGCACUAGUCACAACGCUACUUCGUCGUCAUGGUUAAAACUCGCAAGUGGUGAUUGGUCUUGA